AUGUCAGGUAUAUGCAAGACUAGACUUCAAGAAGAACGCAAACAGUGGAGAAAAGAUCAUCCAUAUGGUUUUUACGCGAAACCAGAAACGACCGAUCAAGGUUUAAAUCUUAUGGUUUGGAACGUUGGGAUCCCUGGACCCAAAGGGACACCUUGGGAGAAUGGAAUGUAUAAACUUGUGUUUACAUUUCCUGAAGAUUAUCCCGUAAAACCUCCAAAAUGUAAGUUUGUUCCACCUCUUUUCCAUCCGAAUGUAUACCCAUCAGGUACAGUGUGUUUAUCAAUCUUGAAUGAGGACGAAGCAUGGAAACCUUCUAUUAGAAUCAAAGAUAAACUUCUGAACGAACCCAAUCUCAACAGUCCCGCCCAAUCGGAGGCUUAUAUGAUGUUCAAGAACGACAUGACAGGUUAUGAAAAACGUGUCAGACUACAAGCACAUGAACGAAGAUCAGAUUAG